AUGGUGUCAGAUUCCAGCGGGGAAGUGCAUGCCGAAGAGGAUUCCCCGCAGCAAUGGCUUCAGCGCCUGACCGUAAAGGUUGAGCCCGGCCAGGAUGAACCAGCCAAGAAGGGCAGCACGGCUGCCUCUAUCGUUUUCUCUGAACGGCAGGAGGCACAGACUUGGGAUCGCGGGAGAAAGCGUGGCAAGAGCAGACGCAGCGACGGUGAAAAACGGAGGAAGAGCCACGGUGCUGUCGAGAAGCCUCCGAAAGAAGAGAGCAUUCUGUUUCCGAGGGAAGCCCCGGUGUAUGUACCUGCGCUCGCCACGUCGCAGCUGCCCUUCGGCUCGUCCCAGCUAGUGCGUUCAGGAGAAGAGACAUUUUCAGCUGACCAGCUGCAGCUCCUCGACUUGGCGGCACCCGGGGCAACAGGUCUCUGGCGCAUGCAUACGAAGAGCGGCGUAAAUUACCGGAAAGGGCCGUUUACCACGGAAGAGAGGCUGAUAGUUGAGGAAGCCCUGGAGCAGUACGCUCAGAGGGAGGGGUUAGAGUCCUUAGAAGAGGCUGUACGGAGCCUUUCUGGGAAUAUAGGACGGAAAACUAGCGGCCGUUUCCACUCCAUUGCGCGGUGUUUGCCGGAGAGGCCCUUUAUAUCGGUGUACGGAUACAUUCGCCGCCGCAUCACGGGCAACGCGAAGAGGGGUCCAUGGACGGCAGAGGAGACGCAGCAGCUCGUUCAGCUCGCGAAGCGCAUCCCUCCGUCCAGAGGCAGGUGGGUUAAGAUUGGGGCUGUUCUGAAUCGCAGGCCUGUGGACGUUUGCGACAAGUGGCGCUUGGUGCAGCCGCGACUCAGUCAGCACGCAGCAGAAGCACCGCUCGAGGCUCUAGAAGACAAGAGCAGCGCGACCACAGAAGCGGAUGCAGAGGCCCCUGUGAAUUCUCAGAAUAGAGACGCUGUCGCCACGGCGAGUUGUGCUGCUGGGCCAGGUUCAGGGCAGCUUGGAGAGGCUGCACGGGAGCAGCUGCUGCGGGAGGUGCAGCGGAAAACGGGAGAGGACCUGCCGUCUUUUGGAGUUCCAUGGCGCCGAAUUCAGGAGGAGUCUUUUCCUCUGUGCGCGCACUCGUUUUUGCGGCGAAUUUACGCCCUCUCUGUGGUCCCUGACGAGCUGGAGCGACGCAUGGGAGUGGACCCCCGUCCCAUUAUUUUGCGGCACAUCCUGCGCUGCUUUCGCAGAUUAGAGGAGCAGCUUCCCGCGCGGCUUCGAGGGGUUGAGUGGCUCGACAUUCUGCCGUUCGUGCCUGCGGGUCUGCAGUACAAUGUUGUGCGCACUGCUUCUGCCCACCUGAUUCGGGUGGAGGGGACUUCCGUGGACGCUGUAGUGCCUCAGCUGAUCGAGGAACAUCAGAAGAGUAUGGAUGCAAUGCGGAAGAAGGAUGCUCGGCGGCUUCUGCGCGCGGCGCUGCCAGUCAGUGUGCAGGAAAGCCUGGAGGCGAAGGUCCGCGCUAAGGCGGCGCUGAAGGGCUGGCCCGAGAAGACUGUCAAAAAGAAGGUGCGGAAGAAAAUAAGAAAGGCAGCUGUGGAGGAGCUGGAGAGGCUUAAAGACCGACUUAAGGAAGUCAGAGCCUUCCCGCUAAAUGCACCACCCCGCGGGAAAGGUCAGCGCGCACUGGAGAGCACUAGUGGCACCGAUUUUGGCUUAGGCGGAGACUCCGCUAUGGAGGCGCCCGCUGCCCUUCUUGAUGGGGGGGUUGACGCGGAGACUGCGGGGCUGCUGGCCACGCCGUUUUCACAGGCUCCGCAGCUGCUUCUGCAUGAAGCACGCAGGCAGAAUGGCGGACCAAGAGCGUUGGGACGGGAAGAGUGCAGUGGGCGGCACGAGGAGGAGGAAGAGGAAGCAGACACAACGGGGGGAGCUACACAGAACAAAUCACGAGCCUGCAAGUCGAAAGGAAAUGAGCUGCGGGAAGAGGCAGAGGGCUUAAUUGUGUCGUCUUCUACGGAAGACCGUGAGCAGCAGAGGGCUAGAGCGCUGAAGAGGCAGCGAGCAGGUGCAUCUGCGCUUGUGGCAGCGGGACCCUUAACAAGAGUGUCGGCGAGGGACGAGAGCAGGGCGCAGAAAGUAUGCUUCGAUGAGGCUGCAGACGUCAGUUCUAAGCGAAAGAAGAAACGGAGGGUAACUACAGAGGGCGACUCAGCGGCAGAGGGCACGGAAAAGCGAAAAGAGGCGCAAAGGGGACAAAUGGGAGAAGGGAGAGGCCGUUAG